UUCCAAUUUUGCGUCCAAGCCCAGCAUGAGCUCGCCGUUCGAAACUCUCUUCGGCGCCGAAGUCCAGACCAAGGCCGGGCUCAAGCCGACGGCCGAGGCCUUUGCCGGCAAGACGAUCGUGGGCAUCUACUUCUCGGCCCACUGGUGCCCGCCCUGCCGCGGCUUCACGCCCGUCCUCUCGGAAACCUACGCCGAGAUCCUCGCCGACGACCACAAGGAAUUCGAGCUCAUCUUUGUCUCGUCCGACCGCGACGAAGGCGGCUUCAACGAGUACUACGGCGACAUGCCCUUCCUCGCGCUCCCGUAUGCGAACCGCGCGCAGAAGGACGUGCUCGCCAAGUCAUUUGACGUCCGUGGCAUCCCGACGCUCGUCUUCUUGAACGCGGCCGGCGACGUCAUCACCAAGGACGGCCGCUCCGUGGUCAUGAACGCCCACGGCGAUGUCGGCGCCGUCUUGGCUGCGCUCACCAAGUAGUUCUGUGUUGGUGUCGUGACAAUAAGAUCUUGCAUAUGAGACUGGGUACUGUCGCCCGUGCAUAGCCCAGCGUUUGCUUUGUGCCGUCACCAGUGGC